UUGGAAUAUACUCCCCAUUUACAACUCUCUAUCUGUUUUCCACCGCUCAACUGCAUCCGAGUUUGGUUAGAGAGCAUUUAAUACAAGAAACUCUCUCAAACAGGUUCUUUGUUUUUUUUUUUUUUGCUUUUGAUUUACAUUUCUUAAAUGAAUUAGAAUAUAGGCUAGUCUCUCCCAAAACUCGUAGUUGACCAUUCUUCCACAUGCUUCGCCUGCCAGUGCUUUGCAUGUGGGGUUAGCCGGUGGUUUCAGCCCUGCGUCCAGGUGGUUUACGGGAAAAGGUUGCACAGGGAAUAUUUGAUCUUUAAUUUAGAUAAAGACAUUUUUAUCUUUUGGAAGCACGUCCACUAUUUUUUUUUCUCUCCCCACAAUGGCUGAUGCUAACGCAGAAUGCAAUAUCAAGGUUUUGUGUCGAUUUCGUCCUCUGAACAAGUCCGAAAUUAUCCGCGGAGAUAAGUUCAUCCCAAUAUUUCAAGGAGAAGACACUGUCAUUCUCGGGGGGAAGUCGUACGUGUUUGACCAGGUGUUCCCCACUAACACCACGCAGAUACAGGUCUACAACACCUGCGCCAAGCAGAUUGUCAAAGAUGUACUGGGUGGAUACAAUGGGACUAUCUUUGCUUAUGGGCAGACUUCCUCUGGAAAAACACACACCAUGGAGGGGAACCUUCAUGAUCCCCAGGGAAUGGGAAUCAUCCCCCGGAUCGCAGAGGACAUUUUUGAACAUAUAUUUGCUAUGGAUGAGAACCUAGAAUUCCACAUAAAGGUCUCCUACUUUGAGAUCUACAUGGAUAAAAUACGGGACCUGCUGGAUGUGACAAAAACCAACCUGUCAGUGCAUGAAGACAAAUACAGAGUUCCUUAUGUGAAGGGCUGCACGGAGCGCUUUGUCACGAGUCCAGAGGAAGUGAUGGAUGUGAUAGAUGAAGGGAAGGCCAACCGUCAUGUUGCUGUCACCAACAUGAAUGAGCACAGUUCCCGCAGUCACAGCAUCUUCCUGAUAAACAUCAAACAAGAAAACGUGGAGACAGAGCAGAAGCUGUGUGGGAAACUGUACUUGGUCGACCUAGCUGGGAGUGAGAAGGUCAGUAAGACAGGUGCAGAGGGAUCAGUGCUGGAUGAGGCCAAGAACAUCAACAAGUCUCUGUCGGCCCUGGGGAACGUCAUCUCAGCCUUGGCUGAGGGAACGAAAUCUCAUGUGCCGUACCGUGACAGCAAAAUGACUCGCAUCUUACAGGACUCGCUGGGCGGGAACUGUCGCACCACCAUGUUCAUCUGUUGCUCUCCCUCCAGCUACAAUGAUACAGAGACCAAAUCCACUUUGAUGUUUGGCCAACGAGCCAAGACCAUAAGAAAUACUGUGUCAGUGAACCUGGAGCUCACAGCAGAGCAGUGGAAGAAGAAGUACGAAAAGGAAAAGGAGAAGAACAGGUCAUUGAAGGAGACUGUUCAAAGACUGGAGGUUGAGCUGAACCGCUGGAGGAAUGGUGAGGAUGUUGUUGCGUUUGAGCAUCUGAGUCCUGGAUCAGAGGACAUCCCCUUGGGGCCUCCCGAAUCUGAGGAUCCGCUACUCGACAUCUGCAGCCCUUGCAGCCCUUGCUCAGUUGCUUCCUCCAUUGUGGUUCACAUCUCUGAGGAGGAACGGCAGAAGUAUGAGGAGGAGAUCCGCAAGCUUUACAAACAGCUGGAUGAUAAGGAUGAUGAGAUAAACCACCAGAGCCAGAUGGUGGAGAAACUGAAGGAGCAGAUGCUGAACCAGGAGGAGCUUCUAGCAUCAUCCAGGGGUGACAGCGAGAAGGUGCAGUCAGAGCUCGGCAGGCUGCAGACAGAGAAUGAAUGUGCUAAAGCCGAGGUGAAGGAGGUCCUCCAGGCCCUGGAGGAGCUCGCGGUCAACUACGACCAGAAGAGCCUGGAGGUCGAGGAGAAGAGCGUGCAGAACAAGCUGCUGGCUGAAGAGCUUGCAAAAAAAAUGGCUCACCUAAUGGGUUUAGAGGCGGAGCUGUCCCGUAUCCAGGAAGUGAGCAGCCACCAAAGGAAACGCAUCACUGAGAUUCUCAACGCCCUGAUGAGGGACCUGAGUGAGUUCAGCACCAUCGUUGGAAACGGGGACAUCAAGCUGCCCAUGGAGAUCACUGGUGCGAUCGAGGAGGAGUUCACAGUGGCCCGGCUCUACAUCAGUAAGAUAAAGUCAGAGGUGAAGUCAAUGGUGAAGCGCUGCCGCCACUUGGAGAACCUUCAGAUGGAUUGUCACCGCAAGAUGGAGGAAACGGGCAGAGAGCUGUCCUCAUGUCACCUCCUAAUUUCACAGCACGAGGCAAAGAUCCGCUCUCUGACGGACUACAUGCAUAAUGUGGAGCUGAAGAGGAGGAAGCUGGAGGACAGCUAUGACUCUCUGAGCGAGGAGUUGGCCAAACUCCAAGCUCAAGAGAGCAUGUCACAGGUGACCAGCGGGGAGAAUCUGUCGUCUGUCCAGGAUUCCUGUUAUAUAAAGAUGGCUUUGGAGCAGCAGAUGGAGUCACACCGUGAGUCGCACAGCAAACAGCUUGGCCGCCUGCGAGACGAGAUGAAUGAGAAGCAGAAGAUCAUCGAUGACUUAACCGAUUGUAACCAGAAGCAGCAGCUGGAGUUGGAGCAACUGCACUGUGACUUUGAACGUCUCAGGAGCCAAGAGCAUCACAAGAGCCGGCAGCUGGAGGAACUGACAUUUCUCCAUGAGCGGCAUGAACAGUCAAAGCGGGACCUCAAAGGGCUGGAGGAGACUGUUGCUCGUGAGCUCUACACCCUGCACAACCUCCGCAAGCUUUUUGUUCAAGACCUCACAUCUCGAGUUAGAAAGAGUGCACAGAUGGAGCCUGAUGAUAGUGGGGGAUAUAUGACCCAGAAGCAGAAGAUUUCCUUUCUUGAAAACAACCUGGACCAGCUUACAAAAGUUCACAAACAGCUGGUACGUGACAAUGCAGAUCUUCGCUGUGAGCUUCCAAAACUGGAGAAACGUCUUCGGUCUACAGCUGAGCGAGUUAAGGCGCUGGAGGGUGCGCUGAAGGAGGCGAAGGAAGGAGCCAUGAAGGACCGCCACCACUACCAGCAGGAGGUGGAGCGUAUCAAAGAUGUGAUGAGGGCUCGCAAUCCCUUCCGCCGGCCCCAUGCUGCACAGAUAGCCAAGCCUGUGCGUGCUGGCCACUACCCAGCAUGCUCUCCCACCAAUCCCUUCUUCAUCCGAGGCUACAGUGAUCACCCCAUUGCCUUCUACAAAGCUGAUUUCCACAACAGCAACAACCAACACGCUGCUGCUCCUGCUGCUCCUGCAACACCAGAGGGUGAGCCCAGGUUACCCGAGACCAACUCCAAACAGAACAGCCCCACCAAACACCUCAACUCCCAAAACAACGCUCAGGACAACAUCCUUCCAGCUGAACCACCAAGCCAAGGAGACAAGAACACUGCAGAGAUGCUUGAUUCAGAAAAUGGAAACACCACAGAUAUCAAUGACAACAGCAUGUGUCUGAAUGUGAAUUCUGUGUCCAGAACUGACGUCUGUGACAAUCAGGACCCAGCCAAACUCUACAGUCUGCAGCCGGAGACCUCAGCCAGCUAAUAGUCCUGAGCAGGCAGACGUUUUUUUCUGAGGCAUCCUCUGUAAAUCUGCAUGCAGCUGGUCACUGUCCUCCGAGCCUCCCCUUCCUCUCUCACCCUCAUCUGCUGUAAACAGACCUCUAUCUCUCUCGUGUCCCCUUUCCUUUCCCUGCUUGCUCCUCUUCAAUCCCUUCUCCUUCCUUUACAAUAAUGUGGGGUGUAUGUGGGUAUCAGUAAAAUCCAUAGCAAGCACUGCAUCUCAAAUGGCAGCUGACACCCAUAUUGCUGCACACACUCAUGAAAACAAAGGGACCAUAAAUAGUAGGUGGGAAAGAGAAGCUGCAGUACAGUAGGUAGCCACUAGGGUGUGCUGUUUGUCUCAGAGAGUGUAUCACAGUGGACAUAAACCCAGUACAUUCAAGCUGAGGUUAGUCUUCAUAAUUAUUACUAUUAUUUAACAUGUAUGGAUCUGAAAACUCCAAGUUAAACUACAUGAAAACAACAUGAAAAAGGUGAACCUUGAGCUCACUUUACUAAUUACACUUUUGACUGUGCAUGAUGAUUUUUGAUGUUGGUUUUCAGCUUUUCUCGGAAAAUACAUGAGGUAGAGAAAGAGAGAAAGUGGAGGAUUACUAUGAAAUGUUUCAGUCUAAAAUUGCACUGUAAGUCAAUGUCAAUGGGGAAUUCAGUCUUUUUUUGUAAGGAUAAGGUUGGUAUUAUUCAAUAUUUUUGUUAUUGCGUUACAAUGCGUUACUGUCUUAGUAUUUUCCGACUUGCCCAGCCUGCCUGUGGCUCUCAGUCCAAAGCCAAUUGAAGACAUACACCCUAAAAAACAGGCCUUAAAUAUAUUGUUUAAUUUGUA